UACUUUAUCCAGCAAAGCUAUCAUUCAGAAUUGAAGGUCAGAUAAAGAGCUUCACAGAUAAGGAAAAGCUAAAGGAGUUCAUCACCACCAAACCAGGAUUAUAUGAAAUGCUGAAAGCCCCCCAGGCCUCCAUGGCGCAUGCGCCCUGCAUCCCUUCGCCUCCUGGGUACCAGUCAGCGUUCCCAGGCCCUCGCGGCCGGCGGAAGAGAUGGAUCAGCGUCACGAGCGCCCGGCCCCUUAAAACGCUGCUGGCUGGAGCCGCCUCCCUCCCAGCAGCCCGCGGCAGGGAUGGAGUAAGGGGAGACCCAUCGACCUGUCCACGGGGAUAAGCGAUGGAACUAAAGCAAUCCUUAUCUAUCCAUCUGGAAGCUGAGAAGCCUCUGAGGCGCUAUGGAGCGGUGGAGGAGACGGCGUGGAAAGCGGAGGGACUGGGGAGAAGUCAGCUGGACAUCAUCUCCAUGGCAGAGACAACCAUGAUGCCAGAGGAGAUCGAGCUGGAAAUGGCGAAAAUCCAGCGUCUCCGGGAAGUUUUGGUCCGACGGGAGUCAGAGCUCAGGUUUAUGAUGGAUGACAUUCAGCUGUGCAACGACAUCAUGGACCUGAAGCAGGAGCUGCAGAACUUGGUCGCCAUCCCAGAAAAAGAAAAAACCAAGCUGCAGAAGCAGAGAGAGGACGAGCUAAUCCAGAAGAUCCACCGACUGGUGCAGAAGAGAGACUUCCUGGUGGAUGAUGCAGAGGUCGAGCGGUUAAGGGAACAAGAAGAAGACAAAGAAAUGGCAGAUUUCCUGAGAAUCAAGUUAAAACCUCUAGACAAAGUAACUAAAUCUCCAGCCAGCUCCCGAGCCGAGAAGAAAGCAGAGCCCCCGCCUAGCAAGCCCACAGUGGCCAAGACCGGGCUGGCACUCAUCAAGGAUUGCUGUGGGGCCACCCAGUGCAAUAUCAUGUAGCCCCCAUGUGGGGUGCCCCCGGGGCCACGGGGACUCCCCCUCCCAUCCACUUGUCUUCAUAGCCCCCAUUUCACUGGGGCCCAAGAGCUCUCAAAGGCGGAAGGGGUUGAAGGCAAGCCAGUGACUGCCGCCGGGGCUGUGGGCGCAGUGGGCGGGCCCAGCCGCCCUGUACAGAGUGUAGCAAUAGGGAGUCCCUCACCGUCGCAUGGCCCUCCCCAGAGCAUGCCGAACCCAGGAGUCUGUCUCACUGUUUAUCCAAACCACCAGGAAAGGUCCUUCCUCAAAAAAGUGUAUCUCUACUUCUAUCUAGCUGUAUCUAACCCACCAUGCUAAUGACUUGGGAGAGGGGCAUGAUCCCCAGGUGUGUAUAGUUGCAACUUUUCAACAAUCUAGCACCAUGUUGGACACAUCCCCCACCGACCCUCCUAGCUCUGCUAUCAGG